CACCGUUCUGAUCGAGACCACCGCCCGAAAAAGCCACACGUCAACGUCGAAGUUGAGCUUCGGCAUCUCGACCACCGGGACAAGCCCUGCACCCUCGCCGUCAGGCUCGGCGCCCGGGCAAGCAAGAUCAAGCAUUUCAUCCAAAACCGCAACGAUGGCCGCCUUCGACCGGGGGCGGCGGUUCGCCUCUACUCCGACGGCAAGGAGCUCCAUCGCCGGGAUGUCAUCGACCGGCCCUCCGUCGUCUGGUACCGCUCCGGGACGGCCUGCGACGACGACUCCUGGAAGGUCACCCACUGGCAGGACGGCGCGAACGGGAGGUGGAAGGGAACGUUCGCCAGCGACCUCGUGCGCGCAAUAGAGGCCGGGGACACCGUCGCCCAGCUCCGGCGCAAGGUCGCGGACCAUGUCGGCGUCGAGGACCACAACAGGAUCAUCAUCAUCGCGCGAGACGGGAUGCGGCCGGGCCUGCUCCAAGGCGACGCCUGGGAGGUCCGCCAGGUCCGCAGCUGGCUCUGCCGCUGGCUGUCCAUCGAUGUCGGGCGCAGGAACGGCUACGUUAUCCUCGAGGGCCUGAGGAGGCAGUACAUAUACCACCCCGAGCCGUCGUACCUGCAGAAGGGCAUCGAUCUCAAGAGGCUGAAGCAGUGGAUGCAGCAGCGCCUGUUCGCCUGCGUCGGCCGCCUUGGUCAGCGAAGCGAUCUCAACCUCAGGUGGACGGACAUCGCCCUCGUCCGCAACGGCAGCCGGCUGAGCAGCCUCUCGCCCGUGGCCUGGGGCGCCACGUACAGCUUCGAGCUCGCCGACGACGUGGCCGAGGCCCUUGCGGCCGACGAGUCGUGGCUGCUGCCUGCGACGGAGACCUGCGCCGUGUGCAGCGACGACAAGAGGCUCACCGAGCUGCCCGUGCGGAUGACGGCGGCCUGCGAGCACAAGCCCGCCACCUGCAAGGACUGCGUGCUCCAGUGGAUCCACUCCAGCCUGGAGACCUCCUCCUGGGACAGGCUGAGGUGCCCCGAGUGUCCUCAGCUCAUGAAGUUCGCCGACGUCCGGCGCUACGCCUCGGCGGCCGACUUUAGCCGCUACGACGCCCUCGCAACGCGGGCUGCGCUGAGGGACAUCCCCAACUUCCGAUGGUGCCUGUCCACCAACUGCGAGUCGGGCCAGAUCCACGACCCGAGCUGCGCCAAGUUCAAGUGCGCGGCCUGCAAGUCGAAGCACUGCGUCACGCACGACGUCCCCUGGCACUCGGGCGAGACGUGCGGCGAGUACGACGGGCGGAACCGGCGGCGGGCGGCGGAGGACCGGGCGUCGGAGGAGACGAUCCGGACCACGUCGAGGAAGUGCCCCGAGUGCGCAAAGGACGUGCACAAGUGGGAGGGCUGCAACCACAUCACGUGCGUGUGCGGCCACGAGUGGUGCUACGUCUGCCUCGCCACCUUCCAGAAGACCCGGCACGGCUUCCUCUUCUGCCACCACGCCCGCGACUGCACCGACCGGGACCCCUUCGCCCACAUCGUCGACCCG